UCCAAUAGCAACCCUUCAAAAAAAUUUAUCUCCAUUGUACACAAUAUCAGCACUCUCAAUAUAAGGGGCCAUACAUGAUCCUGAACUGACUUAGAAACAAGAUACGCUGAGCCCAUUCACCAUGAAAUUACUCGCCCUGUCCAUCUUUCUUCUAAUCGGCGUCACGCAAAACUGCCUCGCUGCCGUGAGUGGCCGAGGUCCAGGUGGCCCGGGAGGAGAGCCUCCGGUGUUUGAUUGCACCGGUAAAGUUGGGUAUUAUGCAGACCUAUGGAAAAAUUGCGAGGUCUAUUACCAAUGUCUCGAAGAUGGAACUAAGCUGACGUUCGGUUGCCCUAGUCAUCCUAUACAAAUGUAUUUUAACGAAGCAACUGUCCAAUGUAUUGAAAAUUACGUAUGCCCAGAACCGGAACCUAUCAACCCUAUUUAAUGUUUCGAGCCUUCAACGUAAAAGUCUUCUUCUUGAAAUAUAAUCGUGGAAUUUGCUUUCAAAUUUUUAGUUAGAAGCAAUGGGGUUUCUAAAACAUGAAAUACUUUAAUGUGAUUGGUGGCUACAAUAAAAUAAGACGUCAUUCAAAUCUAA